AUCACCAUGCAGUCUACUGGGAAAUCUCUGAAGGAAGCUCUGCUCUGUGCUCAGAGCGAGGAUCGACUCACUGUCGGAGUCUACGAGAGCGCUAAAAUCAUGACUGAUGACCUGGACAGUGUGUCUUUCUGCGUCCUGGCCAUGGACGGGGAGUUCCAGUGUGACAUCGCUCUGCAGAUCCACUUCACCCUCAUCCAGUCCUUCUGCUUCGACAACGACAUCAGCAUCGUCAGAGUGAGCGACAUGCAGCGUCUGGCUGAGAUCGUCGGUGACAAGGUGGAGCCGCUGGAAGAUGCUCACUGCGUCCUCAUCACGAACCCAGCUGAUGGGUCUUGGGAGGAUCCUGCUCUGCAGAAGCUGCACCUGUUCUGCGAGGAGAGCCGCAGUCUGAACGACUGGGUUCCUGAGAUCAGCCUCCCCGAGCGCUGA